AUGACUAGCAUCUAUCAGGAUCCACCCACUAUCAAAUUUAUUCAAACAGCGUCUCAUCCGGAGGAGGAAGUGUAUGCAGAUUCGAAGGCGCCGCCCGAGGGCGGACAGCCCAGCGCGCGCGUCCGUGACGAAACCUUUUACUUUGAGUAUACCAUCUUCGAAGUCGAUAACGUCCUAUUCAAAGUGCCUCGCCAAGAAUUCGCCGCGAAUGGGGUUUUCGUCGGACUAUUCGAGCUUCCACAGGCUGACUCCGACGUAGAGGGAAGGGACGAUGAGCACCCGAUCAAGCUUCCUGGAAUGACGGCUGUGGAUUUUUGUGGCUUUUUGAAAGCAUUACAUCCAAUGACGAACGAGCACCCAGCCAUCACCAACCGCGCAGAAUGGGUGUCCUGUCUCAAGCUCGCCACCCUGUGGCACAUGGACGCACUCCGCAGAAAAGCCGUCCUCGAGCUUGAUCGUCUGACCUGGGACCCCGUCGAGAAAGUCGUCGUCGCAAGGGAGAGUAGUGUAUCGCGCUGGUUGAUCGAAGAAUACGAAAAGCUGCUACGGAGAUUCGACCCGCUCACUGUCCCUGAGGCAAAUGUUCUGGGAUCGUCGACAACGUGUCUGCUUUACGCGGUGAGGGAACGAAGUUGGAAUCAUGCGGCGUCGGAGCAUAGGAGGUAUGGCGAGUGUGGGUAUCAUGCUGUUUGGGAUCAGAGGAAGAGGUUCGAUUUCGUGGGAGAGAUUCAUAAGGUAUUUAGAGACGAACUUACCCUAGACGAGGACUACAAGUCACCCGUGUAA